GGAUUCCUCCGAGACUUCCCGCAAACGGUGCGUGGAGUUGCCGAGUCUGUGAUCAAUGCGGCCGUGGAAAUCUAUGUCCGAAUGGCCAGGGAGUUGUUGCCUACACCGGCCAAGUCUCACUACGUGUUCAAUCUGCGUGAUUUAUCCAAAUGCAUUCAAGGAUUACUACAAGCAGACACUGGUGUGAUCCGUGAGAAGAAAACAUUCUGUCGUCUGUUCUUCCAUGAGGCACAGCGGGUCUUUCAUGAUCGACUCAUAGAUCGAACUGACAAGCAAUUCUUCAACGAGAUGUUGGCAGAAAUGUCCUCAAAAUACUUUAGUGAGACUCGGGAAUAUGCAUACAGUCACACGGAGAAAAAGUGA